UUGUACUACUUUCCAAAUUUUUAUUGUGCGCAGAAAUGAUGUUGGCCGGAGGUGUUGCCCCACGGGAGCAGCGGGGUUCAUUUUUGCACGAGGCAGAGGACUUGGAAAUACAGCAGGAGCAACACAGUUUGCUCCUCCACGGAGAGGACCGACCAGGAUGUGCCGCGCAGAAGAACUCUAACUCCGGUUGUUCGGCCGAAAGUCCUCGUUCCUGUUGCCAGAAAUUCCUUUGGCUCUGGAUUGUGCUCGCAGUCUUAGCAGUUUGCACCUGUGUCGCCGUGCCGGUGGCGUCAGUGGUGGUGAACAGAAACAACGAGAAUAGAGCAACAGGACCGCCGCAUCCGACACCGAAUCCAACACCGAAUCCGACGCCGAAUCCAACACCGAGUCCGACACCGAAUCCGACACCGAAUGCGACGCCGAAUCCGACGCCGACGCCUGCACCCGGCCCGCCGCACCCGGACGGAAUACUAAGUGACAACUACAUCCUUCCGCCUAGUGUGAGCUCCGUCGGGAAAUUGAUGGCGCAGAAGGGGUUCCCGAACACCUACGGGCAGAUUUGGAAAACGAUCUGCAACCAGAUUGCGGUCGGCGCACAGAAUCAACACCGGUGCCGCAAGUGGUUUCAGGCGCAGGGCGAACGCCAGUGGCAAUAGUACAACAAGCUGUUUACUGAAAACGAGUUCGAGAAGAGCAGCGCUGGUGGUGGUGGUGCCGGAAACAGAAACACGACCACGACCACGACCACCUCCCCGGCCUUCUACGUGGAUACGGCUUUGAGCGGGAAAAAGCACUGGAUGUGGCAACUGGGGAAAAAUUUGUCCACCUUUCUCACGGGGAUGCCCUACCCCCGCGCAACCGUCGGCAACGCGAAGCCGGACAAGGCGUGGAACCACGGGGCGCUCUGGAGUGUGCGGCACAUCCCGACCAGUCUGUAUCUCCUGUUUAUGGUCAAGAAGAACGCCCCGCAGUUGUGGCAACAGCUGCAAACCUACUCCGGCCUGAGCAGCGAAGCGGCGUUGGUUCGGGCCUUCGUGUUUGCAGCUAUCGUCGCGGGAUCCCGGCGCGCGGACGAGGUCGGGAACACCAUCAUGUUCCGAAACGGGAACAAGUACCUCCAGACGGACCCGCAGACCGGGGCUAACCUGUGGGUGGACCGGACCGACCGGAAUUCGCUCCUCCAAGCCUGGGGCGAGGCGGCUUGGGCGGCGCAUCCCGAUAUCGACUACGCGUCCACGCGGGCGACCGCGGAGGGGCCGCGGUCCGCGCAGACGCCGGCGCCUCCCCCCGUGACGAGAAAGCCCGCCCCGCCGGGUGAGGGGCAGGCGAUGGUGGAGCGACUGGUGAUGCGCAGCCUGAUCUCCGCCACCCCGAAGCGGACGGUCCGCGACGCGGACGCCCCGGACAGACCGAAAAACUUUUCUCUGCAGGAGGUGCUGCAGGCGGACCUGCCCACAGUGGCGGAGAAGCGGAACGCGCUGCGCCUGCUGGAGCGGGUGGCUUCCUACACGUCGCACACGCUGCACGCCCCGACGACGAGGCACUUCAUUAACGACCCGGCCGACCUGUGGACCGACGCGGACUGGAACUGGAGCACGGGGAAGCUCACCGAGGGACAGCUGCAGAUUCUCGAAUUCGUGCUGGUCUACGCGCCGCAUCACCUCGAGCACCUGCGCGCCUCCACCAACUACGGCCACUUGUUCAACGGCAUCGACGGGAGCCUGGGGCGGGGGCUCGGCUGGCUAAAUCGGUUCUUCCAUCGAGUUAUCGCCGGGCAAUGCGCAGACACGAGACUCCCAAUCCGGAAUCCGGCCCAAAGGACGAGCGAAAACACGGACGCGGCGGGCAACCCGGUGCACCCGCUGGAUUUUUGGCAGAACGAACACACUGUGAUGGCGAAGAAGUUGUGGCUUUCUUUCCAGUCGAUUCUUUUCAAGAGCCACGGCAUGAACCGGAAGACCCUUGCGCCGCGCGAUAUGUUGUUGCACUCGUCUAGCUGGCAGCGUUUCUUUGGGAACUAUGACGCCGUCCGCAAUCCGAAUGCCGCGGGAGAGGCGUACAUUGGCCCCUUCCGCGCCCUGUCCGCAGUGUCCGCGCGACAUCAGAAGAGGAACGCCCGCUCGGGAUGGCUGUUUUGGGAGUUUGACCACAACCAGCCCCCGGCAGAUUCGGACUUUGGACGGGUGUGGGACGCGGUAAUGUCUAAUCAGGUUUUUGACGAGUGGAAGACUUUGCUGGAAAGCGACCACACAGUAGACCACGCAACCACGUUGCCGAUGGUCGAAGAGAUGCGCGCGUUCAUGAAACUACACGCUCCUAUGGUGUAAGGGGGGAAGUCUAUCAGAAGAGAAUUUCUUUCAAGGUGGAUCCUGCUACAGCUUUAUAGCAGUAAGAAAGAAGUACAGGUAUCUAUUGAACGUGUUAGAGAGUGCUCGGGCUCAUUUUUGUUUCCAGUCUACAUCCGAGUUGGAGUCUUUGUCUGAAUUAUUGAUGCUCGUCGGUCUUUUCCAUAAACCUAUCCUAUAUAUCGCUAUGCUAAUUUUCAAAAGUCUCGUACGAAGCAGAACGAGGUAGCACUUAGCAAAGCGCCACCGCCCUAAAGACGUCCCAUCAAACGCGUCGAAAUCCACCGGGCGAUUUGUGUAUGAUUUUAGAAUUUGAAUUACGCAUAAAUCUUUUUUGGCUUUGCUGUGUUUUGGUUGAAUGAGCUAACCUUGAGCGCUUUUCGAACUUACUCCCUUGACUCCCUUGAAGAUUGGCACGGUACUCCCUUAGCUGGCGCCAGACGCUACUAAGCCUAUCUAUAUCAUUUCUUUGGGUGCAGAGAUGUAAGUUGAGCUGGCCCAGGUCAUUUUAAUUUUUUUGCUGACCUGUGUCUCAUACAGAUCAAUGAGACAGAUGUUGCAUGCCAUUUUUUGGCCCAGUUAGACUGGAGUGAGUGCGUGUGUACUCGUUCCUAUGAUUUUGUAUAGAAAGAUAGUAUAAUCAGUAGUCCGAUCCCCAGUGCAGGACCGCAGCUGCAAAGAGAAAGCUACACAAACAGUUGAUCAUCUCAACAAGGCUCAUCUCAUUGUGGAAAAGUAACUAUUAGCAUGGCCGCAUCUUAUAUUUUGCAUUGCAAAGACUUAAAAGAGAUUGAAGACCUUCCUGAUUCAGGAGGCAGUGCAAACCAAAAGUGUAAGAUGACGAAGAAAA